AAAUAAGUUCCGUAACAAAAAUUAUAAAUAAAAAAUAAGGAAGUGAGCGUUUAACGUCGGCCGCCAAAAAAAAUCCAAGGCAGCGCUCCAAAAACUGACAGCAUUUUCGGGUUACAUCUCAACAGUAAAUUUGAAAUCAGAUCGGAAAAAUCAGAGUCAGAAUAGUGCAAUUGGAACAGCAGCGGUGUGCGGGGGUGUUAAUUAGCGGAAGACGGCAAUUUAUUGAACGCGAAAAAAGACAGACAGCACGAAUCAAAACUCCCAUUGGACACGAAAGCGAAAUUAAAGUGCCGCUGAAUGGUGUGCAACCGAACGAUAGUGCGAAAAGUGCAAUAAAUCAAUGUGGCAGAGGAGGAAGAGGCAGAGCGACGGAAGCGGUGACCACAACAAAGAGAGGAAGACUUAACGGGAAACUCGUAACAAAGAGGCGGCGCUGCGGGUUCUACUUCGCGUAUCACUAAUUUCCUAGUUUAAUUGCUCGCAAAAUGGACGAGGUCUUCAGCCUGCACAUGGAGAAACUGGAUGUCUACGAUGUUCUCUUCUUGGCCGGCAUCCUGUCCGUGAUAAUCCUGAUUUGUAUUUAAAGUUUAUUUAUUUUACUAGCAAAAUGCAGCAACGAUGUGUUGUUGUGAAAUUACAAAACAGCUGUUCGACCGCCAGGCAGUGUUGGUUAACGCGCCACACACACCCAGCAAACAAUCACACUGCGGUAUUACUAAAUUAAACAUGAAAACAAAUACUACAAAUAAUUUGCAACCCGAUCAAUAGCUCUGGAAUAAUAUUAUUAAACACCUUUCAACCUGUCAACCACACAACCCGACAAAUUUUUCGUUUGCUCAAUUGUAGCAUUACGUUAUUUUUAUUAUUUAUCAACUGUUUAUACAAUUUGUUUGUAAAGACUGAUUUCCUGUAUGUAGCUGUAGUUGCAAUCUGAAAUUAAACUAAAUGAAAUGUAAUACGUAAUAGUCAAUAAAUGUUUUGAAUAAGCAAGA